CGCCAACGGUUGGAAAAUUUUUAAAUCCAGCCAAGCCAAAUAAAGUUUACUGACCCCGCAGACAAGAAAAAUAGCUGGUGGUGCAGCAGCCAGGAAAAAUUAAGAGUGAGGAGUGUGGAAAAGGUGUAAGCGAAGGAGGUCGCAUAUCGAUUAAACACGCGGAAAGGGAAGGAGGUGGGUGGUGGUGCUGGCAACACGUUUGAUUACCGCGUGUAAAUAACAACAACACGAACGAACACUGCAGAAAGUUGCAAGGACUCUUUUGUCGGACUCCUUCGUUGUGCAACAAUCACAUGUUCCAGAAGCCCCAAUGGAAAAACCAAAAGACGUUGAACAAAAGUCACCGGCUCCAAAGACCCAAGCACCCGAGAAACCCCUUCGUAAGCGGAAUCAAGUGAAAAUUCAAACUAAAACCCGGACGCCAAAGCAAACACCCACGGCCAUACUGUGUGAAUUAACGCGUUUGAAAGCUCAGCAAAAGUAUCUUGAAUGUCAUCAAGUCAAGCUGAAUCCAAAUAAUUUCAUAAUCCAAGAUGAUGAGGAUUCAUUGGAUACUACUGAACCUGAACCAAAGGUGGAAACUGAGAAGAAAACUGUGGAUAAGCUGGAAACUAGCCAAAGUACUAGACCCAAUAGCUCCUCCACCGCUGACUUAAUAAGCCAGAUCAACGAAAUCGAACAGGAAAAGCUAGUACUUAAUGAAAAGCUACUCCAAUAUCGCACUGCCAAACGUGGUGAACUGCAGGACAUGUGGCAUUUUGUGGCCACCGUAAAAGAGGAUGUCUUCCGGCCAGAACGUCUUAGCCAAUAUACAGUGAAUGCUCUGAGGGAAAGAAUCAUUGACCUUAAUGCCCAAUUGUAUCGUUUGACUGAACAAAACUCUAAGGAACUUGAAGAAUUGAAAAAGCAGUACGAGAAAUUAGAGCGGGAGAAUAAGCUCUUAUGGAAGGGUAGCAUGUAGAAUAUGUAGAUCAUGUAGGUUAAAAGAUAAGAAGAUAUUCAUAUUUGAUUUUUAAGUUAUUAUGAUAUAUACCUUGAAACGCAAAUUAGGGAUUCCAAUUCAAAUUACUACUCAGUUCGAGUUUUCUUUAUCUUUUCCAAAUUAUUUGUAAAAUGUAAUUUAAAUUUUAAAAUAUGUUUUAAGUAAUAGAUUUAUAUCUUCAAAAGAAAUUGUGUAAUUUCUUAAGAGAGCCAAGAAUAUAAAAAAAAACAAAAUUUUUUUCUACAUCAAAAACGACAUUUAGAUAAUAGCUAUGAAAUACGAUUUGCAGGGAAAUAUAUUUCUGAAAUUCUUGAAA